UUUCAAACUCACAACCUUUCUUUGUUUAUUUCCUUCUCAUUAUUUUAUUUCGUUUUUUUUCUGCUUUUGUUUCCAUCGCCGAGUUACUGUUGAACGCGAUAAUAAAAAAAGGUACAAAGCGAAGCGGUGCUGAUACGUGGUGUUAACGAAAUUAAGUGAUCAGCAAAGUGUGAAAAAAGGAUUAAAACGCGUUGAAAAAAAGGAUAAAAAGCGUUGGCAUAAAAUAAAAAAGAAUUUUGAACAUCUCAAAAAAACAACUGUGGGUGUGAGUGUUAAGCUCACAUGAACUUUUGAACACUGGAUAACUUUAACGGCUUAAUUGUGGAUUACCAACAGCAUAUCGAUUACCGAAAUUUCAUUUCGCAGAAAAACGGACCCAUGAAAAUGGCAACAGCCACGAAAGGCAAACGUCCGUUACGUCAUCUCUCUGCAUGUGACAAGAUUAUGGCCAUUCAAAGAAUCCAUGAUGGUGAAUCGAAAGCUUCUGUCGCUCGUGACAUUGGUGUACCAGAAUCAACACUUCGCGGCUGGUGCAAAAAUGAAGAUAAACUAAGAUGCAUGUCACGACAAUCAUUGGAAAAUGCUGAUAAACUGCAAGAUCCUAAUAUGUCUGCAAUGUCAGAUCUUUUUAACGGUCCUGAUCCAAAACGAAUGAAACUUGAUACUGCUUCAUUAUUUGGUAACGGAAAGUUGAAAUAUGAAGAUUAUGCACACUUUAAGAAUGGUCGAUCGUCACUUAGUGGAUUGGAUCUGUCUGGUAGCGAUAAGAGACUUUCAAUGGAUCACAACGAUAUGAACAUGAGUGGAUUUCAAUCGCCAGAUUUUAGUGCAUUUGCUAAAACAUCAGCUGAACUCAGCAAAUCUCUUUCAAAAAACAAAAACUAUGGAAAUGAUCAUAACAAACAGAACGACCCUUCAAAGUCUGAGUUGUCAAUGGCCGCCAUAUCACCACUUACCAGUCUCUCGCAUUUAUCAGGCAUGUCUGGGUUGGGUCAAAGUCCAUUAGCUUUAAGUUUUAACGAGAUUGCAACUAAUUUAAAUAUUCUGGCGCAAAUGAAUCCGUCAUUAGCUGCUAUGUCAGGUUUAAUGGGAUCAGCGCCAAUGAAUGGUUCCCCUCAAUCGUCUCAGCGUGGACCGCGAGUAAAAACAACAACAAGUCCUGUUUCUUCACCCAGGUCAUCAAGUGGUGCUGAGGGAACAGACAAGCCAUCUCUUACUGUCAAGAAUAUUGCCAAACUUCAAAAAACAUCAUCAAGCGACAUUAUGCGAGGUGCAAUGUUGGAAAAAUAUAAGAAGGCUCAUGCUAUGCCACAACCUGACUUAAGUGGAGAUGACACACUAUGGUAUUGGCUUAAAUCACAACAAGCUAUGAUUGGACUUAAUUCGCUAUAUAAUCAAGCUCAACUUCCACCUCGGUCGUCAAGUCCUAAAACAUCACCACAACAUCAUUCCAUGUCUCAACAUCCAUCAGGUACGUCACAAACGCCAACUCCCGAGAUAAAUUCGCCUGCACCACCAGCAUCUAGCGCAACACCACCUCUUGGAACACCAGAUGAAGGUAAAGGUCAAAGUUCCGCUUGGUUCUGGCAAUGGUACAAAACAUUCGGAGCGUCUUUAAUGGGUGACAAAGCAAAAUUGCCAGGAAGCAGCAAGGAUUCAUAUGAAAAUAUCCUUUACUCUCAACUCACAAAGGGAUCAACAUCCAGUGGAACUGGUAAUGGUACCAUUAAUAACAACACCAUUAGUGAUAAUUUUAAUAUCACAUCAGGCGAUGGAGAAGACGCUCAAAAGCCAGAAGAUCUUUCAAACCAUCAACAUGAACCUAAUGGAUUUCAUGAUGAAGAAGAUUCUAUUAAUAACAUUUCGCCGAUUCCAGGUGAUGAACAAAAGAUGACUGACGAAGAUGAGGACCAACACCAACAAAUGGAAAAGGCUAAGAGUCAACUUGACGAUGCACUGAUGAAUCAGUCUCCUGAUAAUGGUGAAAAAAGUGGUGAUGAUGCUUCAAGCGUUCAUGGGCAUAAUGAUAGUAACAACAAUAACAAAAAUGGUGAUGAUGAUAUAAAGUCUCCUUCAGAAGCUCUCGAAUACGGCGAAAAGUUCCUGAAGUACCUGGAAUCAUACAGCGAUCCAUCGCUGACGGCCAUGCAAGUCAUGCAAUUUCGGUAUCUUCUAAACAGCAUUAAAGCAAGCGUAGAUCGUGCUCAAAAUAAUAUCAGUGGGUCUUCUUCAGGAGCGUCUUCAGCUGAUGGUGAAAAGACUCGCCAUCGUAAACGAAAAUAG